AUGGUCGCCGCCACCGCCAUGGCCACCGCUGCAUCCGCGGCCGCGCCGCUACUCAACGGGACCCGAAGACCUGCGCGGCUCCGCCAACGCGGACUCCGCGUGCGCUGCGCCGCUAUGGCGGGCGGCGCGGCCGAGGCACCGGCCUCCACCGGCGCGCGGCUGUCCGCGGACUGCGUCGUCGUGGGCGGCGGCAUCAGUGGCCUCUGCACCGCGCAGGCGCUGGCCACGCGGCACGGCGUCGAGGACGUGCUUGUCACGGAGGCCCGCGCCCGCCCCGGCGGCAACAUCACCACCGUCGAGCGCCCCGAGGAUGGGUACCUCUGGGAGGAGGGUCCCAACAGCUUCCAGCCAUCCGACCCCGUUCUCACCAUGGCCGUACGCACCUCGCUGGCGCCCCGGCGUCUUCUAAUCAGACUCUUGCGGAGGCGUGAAAUUGAAAUGCUCAAUGGAUUGUAUGCGCGCGCGCAGGUGGACAGCGGGCUGAAGGAUGACUUGGUUUUUGGGGACCCCAACGCGCCGCGGUUCGUGCUGUGGGAGGGGAAGCUGAGGCCCGUGCCAUCCAAGCCCGCCGACCUCCCGUUCUUCGAUCUCAUGAGCAUCCCUGGCAAGCUCAGGGCCGGCCUAGGCGCGCUUGGCAUCCGCCGGCCUCCUCUAGGCCGCGAGGAGUCAGUGGAGGAGUUCGUGCGCCGCAACCUCGGUGCUGAGGUCUUUGAGCGCCUCAUUGAGCCUUUCUGCUCAGGUGUCUAUGCUGGUGAUCCUUCCAAGCUCAGCAUGAAGGCUGCAUUCGGGAAGGUGUGGCGCCGCCUACCGAAGCCAAAAGGGCAGACAGUUGCAUCUUUCAGGAAGGGUCUUGCCAUGCUUCCAAAUGCCAUCACAUCCAGCUUAGGUAGUAAAGUCAAACUAUCAUGGAAACUCACGAGCAUUACAAAAUCAGAUGGCAAGGGGUAUGUUUUGGAGUAUGAAACACCAGAAGGGGUUGUUUCGGUGCAGGCUAAAAGUGUUAUUAUGACCAUUCCGUCAUAUGUUGCUAGCAACAUUUUGCGUCCACUUUCAAGUGAUGCUGCUGAUGCUCUAUCAAGAUUCUAUUAUCCACCGGUUGCUGCUGUAACUGUUUCGUAUCCAAAGGAAGCAAUUAGAAAAGAAUGCUUAAUUGAUGGGGAACUCCAGGGUUUUGGCCAGUUGCAUCCACGUAGUCAAGGAGUUGAGACAUUGGGAACAAUAUACAGCUCAUCACUCUUUCCUAAUCGUGCUCCUGCUGGUAGGGUGUUACUUCUAAACUACAUAGGAGGUGCUACAAACACAGGAAUUGUUUCCAAGACUGAAAGUGAGCUGGUAGAAGCAGUUGACCGUGACCUCCGAAAAAUGCUUAUAAAUCCUACAGCAGUGGACCCUUUAGUCCUUGGUGUCCGAGUUUGGCCACAAGCCAUACCUCAGUUCCUGGUAGGACAUCUUGAUCUGCUGGAGGCCGCAAAAUCUGCCCUGGGCCGAGGUGGCUACGAUGGGCUGUUCCUAGGAGGGAACUAUGCUGCAGGAGUUGCCCUGGGCAGAUGCGUUGAGGGCGCGUAUGAGAGUGCCUCGCAAAUAUAUGACUUCUUGACCAAGUAUGCCUACAAGUGA